CUGACGUUUCCAAAUCUAACUUUCAAAGUCUUACCGGCCGGUAUUUAAUUUACCUGCGAUUUAAUAGUUGUUCCUUUGGUAUUUUUACAUAAACAUGGAAGAAACCGUAUUAUUUCCAUCUCCCAACUGGUUUCAAAACACAGUGUUGACUUUAAGCAAAGACCGUUGGUUCGUUUAUGGUGGUCCGCAGAAGUCUUUGUGUGUAUUAGAACCGAUUCCAGAUUCAGUAAGCAUCGUUAAAGGAGAUGUUUAUAGGGCUCAUAUUUUACAUAAAGCCCACCUCGAAAAAGUCGUCAGUGUGGAUAUAUCUCCAGAAUGGCCCGAAAAAAGAGCAUUUAUAAGCGGUAGUGCUGAUGGCUGUGUGAAAUGUUGGGUUUUAGAACAAGCAGAUAACAAAUAUAAACUAAGAACUACCCACAGUCAUUCUGUGCACAGUAAUGAAAAAGAGGAAGUGGUAGGUGUGGGAUACAGUAAUGAAACAUAUGCAGUAACUGUCGGGUCAUUAGGACAUGUUGUCAAAUGGGAUCUUAACUCUAAUGUGAUUAAAACCUAUCGUAAUUUCCUGAAAAUCUUCCGACCAUCAAGUAUGUCUUGUUCUCCCCAUGUUCCUUUGAAUGUGGCCAUUGGCACAAAGCAAGGAGUUAUUUUUGUGGUGGAUUUAACUGGUCCAGGGAAGGUACUGUACAAAGUUCGAGGGCAAGAUGAUGAAAUUGUCAGUGUAAGUUGGUGUCCACAGUUUGAAGUUUGUGUAAAACAAACACUUGAUAUUGACAAGAAAGUAAGUGCUAAUGAAAGAAUGCAUAAAAUAAGACAAGAAGCUGAAACUUCUGAACGAAAUAUGAAUAAUUCUGGUGUAUCUAAGACAUUGCCCGAAGAUAGUUUUGAUGAAUCAAUUGUUCAGGAGGAUGACCUGUUUGAUAUGUACAAAGAUUAUGAGACAGAUGCUUUCGGACCUAAAAAAUAUGAACCAGAAGAUAUACUAGUCAAGAUAAAAGAAGAAGUAAAGACAGAAGUUAGUUAUUUAGAUGAAUGUAAGAAGUUAACUGAGGAAAUUUUAAAAAGAAAGAAUCAACCUGAAGCUAGUAUAGAAAGUCUGGUCGAUGCUUUAGAAAAUGUGGCCGUUGAUAAAGAAGCAGAUAGUUCUGGUGAUACUAACAGUGAUAAUGGAAAGGAAUUUGAGUCUACUGAAACAGUUCUUCAUCCACACAAACAUCUUGUUUCCAGCUUAGGAAAAAAUGGAUGUGUGAGAAUUUGGGCCAACAGUGGGAAGUUAAUAAGUAGUUGUAUUGCUCCUAUCUCUACUAAUAAGAACCAGAAGAAUAUAAAAAUACAUCAAUGCACUACAUUGUUGUGGUGCAAGCCUGACAUGUUGUUAAUUGCUGAUGGCAGGAGUCAAUUAUUACAGUGUAAUCCAUUGGAAAUGGAUGGGUAA